AAGGUCCAUACUUACAUACAGUAUGGAGCACUGCACGCCGGCUCAGCUGCAGGCAAGGUCAGGUCUCAGCUCGUCCCGGGAUGUCUUUUUUUAAGCUCCAGGCCAUUGUUUUGGAGCCCUUUGCAGCCCUUUUGCCGCCCUGGCGAGCCGGUUCCAGGUUCGAAAAACAAGGUUCAAGGGCUCCCUGGCCUGCCUCUCCACCUUGCCCAGGCCUUGGCAGUAACUCGUGCAUUGCAUGGCUUUUUACCAGAUUCUGCCUCGAAGCGUGUGACCAUGGGCUCAGCAUCUCUCCAGCCUGUCGACCCACCUCGUGCUUCCACCUCUUCUUCAAGCUUCACACCCAUUCAUCUCUAGCUGCGGCAUGCGUACCGUAUGAUUGUCCCUCGUCAAGAUUCCACCUGCACCCAAACCCGCGUCCUUGUGACGGCAGGCCAUCCUCUCUGUCUCUGUCCCAGCAUAUAUACCUCGGAUCCGUGUUCGCGACUGUCCAUCGACCCUCACGCAAGUUUUUCUUAGCAUCCAGCCGGGGGAGAUAGACAGUCAUAAGAGAUCGCACAUUUCGUUCGAUGGCGUCACCUCCGCCAGAACCCGGGUCGAGAUUGGUAUCCGACUCUCCCUCUCCAACCUCAGCCUCGGCAUCGGCCUCAUCCAGAGCAACAGCAUCAGAGGCUCGCCAACGCCCAGUGAGAACGAUCCCUCGUAAGGAUAUGCAAGCAGU